AUGGCGACAACUGACUUCAUACAAAAAACACUGGCGCCCCCUUCCGACUCCGGACCGCUCAGUGAUGAGAACAACAGCGCAAAGCUCGGUAAUUCACUCAGCAAUUUGAGCGACUUGGCUGGACAGGCGGCUGGAAAUGAACGCUCCCCACCCACAUCGACCGACUCGCCGAGACUGGCACAGACGGCGGACUUGGCGGCAUAUCCUAUGGAUCUAAGCUUUGAGAUUAUUCCAAACGCAACCGGAGAGGCCUUCGCUCGUCAACUAGCUACACAGAUCGUUCAAGUCCAACACGAAUAUGACCUCCGGGCCAGUGCAGGACUGUCUACUCCCAGAAUGGCUGGCGACUUUAUGAACCUGGUUUUCCCCGCAAGCCCUCAGACUGGAACCAUUGCCCCACCACAGUCUCCUCAAGUCAAUGGCACGUUGCCUCGAUAUUACCACCAACUUCAAGGGGUGCCGUACGAAGAAAUGUACACCAUCAAAGAUAGGCAACGCGUUUCGCAGGCUUGUGACCUUUGUCGGCGUCGUAAAGCCAAGUGUUCUGGAGGACGCCCUUGUAAGAGGUGCACUGAGCGAGAUCUCUCCUGUGAAUAUGCCGACGCACGAUCUCGUAGACGGGGCAAAACAAGAAAACGUGUCGACGACAAAGACCUAUCAGAAACGUCAUUGGAAGACCUCGCGUCCUCUGCGCUCCCUGUACAAGACCCUUCGGACAAUGCAUUUACCGAAGCUACUAGUCAAGGAUCGGUGGUUCGUACUAAACCUCGCAAGAAGAAGCCGGCACCCAUUCUGCCGUACACGUACAAACCCAUAUACCCCCAUAUCCUAUCUCCUGUUACUUCAGGCCUUCACGUGGUAGAUAGCAGCACCCAGGACCGUGGACAAGACUAUGCAGAUUACUGGCCGUUCGCGCAAUAUCCAAGAACAGCUUCUGAUGCUGCUUUUGAUUACUCUGGGCCUUCCACAGGCAUCUCACCUUCCCAGGCUUCCUUCGGUGCCUUGGCUCCAUCAACCAUGUCGGCAUUGUUCGACCAUGUUCCGUCUGCAGUAACGUCCGAUAUGAACUACAACUUUGCGUCUGCUCAGCCUAAUGGGUAUCACAACUCGUCUGGCGAACUUCAAGGCAGCGUUCUGGCGGGUUCCUCUGCCCCUAUUGACCCCCAGAGCCCUUGUUCCAACACCCAGGACGUAUUUUAUACGAUUGCUGCUCCUCGUCCUUCUCUACCCUUUCCAGCUCUAGGACUCAGGAUCGAUUCCCCGAGCAUUUUCUGUCCGUCCCCUGAUCUUGCGCAUUCGGCUACAACUACUGAAUCAUCAUCAAGUACGGGGUCACCUUUCAGCGUUUUGGGGAUGCUCCCUCCUGAUGUUGCGGAAGUUUCACUGGGUGAGGGAGUUCAUGUCGGGGAUAGGUACCUAGUUCAAGGAAUCGACUCUGCUACCGACGAGUCCUUUAUUAAGUUGCUAUCGAACUCCCCACUUUUUCCUUGA